AUGACCUUGGCAAAGAGUGUUUUGAAUGAUUGGGAAAAACAAUUUAAUCUAAGUGCCAUAACAGACCCAUCAUUGGGAAAACACCUAUCAAAGAAGCACUCUCCUCCAUUGAGCUACACCAACACGCACAAAGAGCUCUGCGUCACGAAUCGACCCAGGCCAUCUCGAAUCGAUUUGGAAGCAACGAGGCACGUUAAUGGCAUUACAAUAAGUGUCGAUUUGUUCAUCGAGAUUAAUUAA